CCCCCUCCUUCUUUUCCUCCAUUCACAAAGUCAAUGAAACAAAGAGAAACAGAAUAGAGUCUGUUUUCUGUGAAAGAGGAAACGAGCCCGGGCUGGAGACGGGAGCAACCCUGCCCGGCUCAGUCCCACGAGAAGCAGCGUAUCCCUGGUAUCUGCAAUCAGCUGCCUUGGUGGAGGCGGCGGCGGCCGACCAGGAAGACCUGAAUUAACCCCCCUUUUUCCCUCCCCACUCUCAGGGUGCGUCAACUGCAGUGAAUAAACACAAAAAGCAAGGGCCUGAAAAUCUCUUCUAGUUGUAUCAUCUACUGCCUGCCCUCCAUGCCUGUGAGGAAUUCACACCCAUGACUGAUGGGAGGAUGAAAAGCUAUUUGGACCAGCAAGUGCCUUACACUUCUGCACAGAAAUUAUCAGGGAAUGGAACCCUGGAUUGUAGAGCUAUGAUGGCAGCACGGAGGAAAUCCAUGGAUCCUGGCGUGCCCCAUGUCCCAGACUCAGAAGAUCUAUUCCAUGACCUGAACCUGUUUCAGGAAACCUGGCUGACCGAAGCUCAGGUUCCAGACAGUGAUGAGCAAUUUGUUCCUGACUUUCAUUCAGAAAACUUGGCCCUUCACAGCCCCCCAGCUAAGAUCAAAAAGGAGCAGCAGAGCCCGUGUUCAGAAGCCUGUGGAUCCCGCAGGCAGAGGCAGCCUUUCCAGUACCACCAUGGAGAACAGUGCCUUUACGCCAGGAGUUCAAGCAGCAGCUAUGGCUCUCCUCCUCCCCAUUUUCGUCCUCAUGACAACCAUAUGAGGCAGGAUACAAACUUUGCGAGCCCUCAUGGUCCAGCCCAAGCAGCAUCCAGCCGGGCGUACCUUAUGGAACCCAGCUCUUUGUACCAGGUCCAUCCUGAAACAGGCCAGUCCUUCUCUGCCACUCAAGCCAUGGGAUCAGACAACUCACCUGCUUACCAGCGCCCAUUAUCUGCCCCAUGCCUGCCUUAUCCCCCACAGGGCUUCAAGCAGGAGUUCCAUGAUCCUAUGUAUGAUCAGGCAAAUGUACUGGGGACCACAGGCAGCUCCCAGUACACAGCAGGAGUGGUGAUAAAACAAGAGCAGAUGGACUAUGCAUUUGAUACAGAUGUUCCAAGCUGCCAUUCAAUGUAUCUGAAUGUGGAGGGAUUUCCAGGUCAUUCCAACCCUGAUGGCACAUUAGGGUACAAUUAUGAGAAACAGAUGCGACCUUUCCCUGAUGACGUUUGUGUUGUCCCUGAGAAGUUUGAAGACCUCAAGCAAGAAGGUGGUGGGUACCGUGAAGGACCCCCUUAUCAACGCCGUGGGUCUCUGCAGCUUUGGCAGUUCUUAGUGGCUUUGCUGGAUGACCCCAGCAAUUCCCAUUUUAUUGCCUGGACUGGCCGGGGAAUGGAAUUCAAACUCAUUGAGCCGGAGGAGGUGGCACGACUUUGGGGCAUCCAGAAGAACCGCCCAGCCAUGAACUAUGACAAGUUGAGCCGUUCUCUUCGUUACUACUAUGAAAAAGGCAUCAUGCAAAAGGUGGCUGGUGAGCGUUACGUGUACAAGUUUGUCUGCGAGCCUGAAGCGCUGUUCUCCCUUGCCUUCCCUGACAAUCAGCGCCCAUCCCUCAAGGCAGAGCUUGAGUGGCACAUCAGUGAAGAAGAUACAGUGCCUCUCUCCCACCUGGAUGAAGGUGUGGCUUACCUGCAAGAUGCUGGGGGGCAACCUUAUGGGAAAGGCUACACGUAUUGACUGACAAGAAGGAGAGACAGAUCAGAGAUGAGUGCUAUAUUUGUAUAUAUCUGGAGACGGUUGUUAGCAAUGACCAAUGUAGGCCAUGACCUCAGCUCUCCUAGGGCUGAAACAGAUUAUAAAGGUGGUGAAAGGUGCCAGGGCCUAGAAAUCCAAGCUCAGAUCAGAGUUCAAAUUCUACCAUAGCCAUGGACGCUCUGGGUCAACUUUGGACACUCCCCCCCACUUUCAUUCCCAAGGAGUACUGACCUACCUCACAGGGAUGUUGUGAGGACAGAUGAGAUAAAGAUUGUAAAGCGCUUUGUA